GGGGAGUCGAGAAAAUAAAAGAAAGAAGAAGGGUCAACAUUUUAAUGUGAUGGAACCUUUUAACUUUUAAGGUCGUUGAUACAACUUUAAUACAAAAGUAGUUUUCAUAGUUAAGGGUUCUAGUGGAGCUGGAGAGGGUAUUGAAGUCACAAAAUUUGGCCAUGGACGUGUUGCACUAAUACUCUAAUAGGAUUUCCAUGCUUUGUGUGGGAAAGUCAACCCUGUUGACAAUGCUGACAGGAACACAUUCUGAGGCUGUGUCGUAUGAGUUCACUACUCUUACUUGCAUCCCAGGUAUUAUACACUACAAUGAUACUAAAAUCCAAUUGCUCGAUCUUCCUGGGAUCAUCGAAGGCGCAUUUUAAGGGGAGGGACGUGGUAGACAGGUCAUUGCUGUAUCAAAAUCAUCUGAUCUAGUGUUGAUGGUUCUGGAUGCAUCACAAGCAAGUAAUAAUCACUAUUGUGUCAAAUUUGUAGCCUUAUAUUUUCUGUACUUUCUCACCAACCAAACAAAACUUUAGAGUGAAGGGCAUCGACAAAUCUUAACAAAUCUUAAUUAAGAGACCACUCAGAUAUACUUCAAAAAGAAAAAAACAGGCGGGAUCUCAUUCAACAGCAAACUAACUUUAACUCAUGUGGAUGAGAAGCUCUGCUAUCAAAUUCUACAUGAAUACAAGAUUCACAAUGUUGAGCUCUUAUUUCGUGAGGUUAAAAGCUUUUCUAUUGAUCCAAAAGGUGGAAUCUCCCACCCCAAGAGCCCCCCACCCCGACCCGACAGGAUGGUGGGGAGGUUAGUCACGGUGACUCAGUCAGCAGAAUGGCAGUAGGCCCAUACACCCGUGCGCACUAGAGGCCCAGCCUUAUUUCUGGUUCUUUAACCUCCACCCGGUCGCUGCGGGAAUUUGAACCUUGGUCAUUAAAAGCUUUUCUAUGUAUGAGGUUUGAUGGAUCUAUUGUGAAAUGAAAAAUUCAAGAUCAUUGAGUUGACUGUAAUAUCUGCUAAGAUUCUUUUCAAUGAAGUUGCAAUUUUACUGCUCCCCGAAGUCAGAAAUACAUCUCUUCUGACCCCAUUAUAUGUUCACAAUAAAAAAUCAGCACACUUAAUUCAGGCUAUUUAGUCAGUUCAGCUGUCACCAAGAGGGCUCUUAGAAUCAACAUUACUAUUCUGUACAAUUAGAUUGUUAAGAAGAAGAUAAGAGAAGGAGAAGGUAGAGGCCGUUUCAAAUCUCAUUCAACUGCUCCUGCCGAGAAAAGAAGGCACCAUUAAAGACAUAAUAAGUUAAUAACCCUUAUAAAGUAGAAAAAUGUCUCCUUCACAACAUUAUUUUGUGUCAUUGUUUUAUCUCCAUAAAUCUGGCAGGUGACGACUAACAAUUACUUGAGGUUUGCAAAAGUCAUUGCGUAUUUGGUUUUGGCCCAAAAAAUGGUUUGGAACUGACAGUGUUCACACCUGUUUCAGACUUUCACCCUUACCUGAUUGGGUAAGGCUUUGGAAGAACCGGGUUUAAUGCUAAUAGUUUGAUACCAUCGGUGAGCAUGAACGAGGCACCUGAACAACAAGAGCCUGGCUUGAGCAUGCAAGAAGAUGCAAUUCUACCGCCAUUGUCAAUCCAAAAUUGCUUCCCAACCACCACAAAUGAACUCAGCCUAACACACUCGCCAAUCGUCGCCAUCAAAACCAUCACCCGUGACUGCUGCCACAAUAAGUGUGACCCUACUAGCCGCCUCCCCAACCCCACCACACCCCAACCCCCACCCCACCACACCCCAACCCCCAACCCCACCACACCCCAACCCUCAACCCAGCCACACCCCACCACACCCCGCCCCUACCGUGCACAAUCGCUUCCCAACACCCUGCCCCCGUCCCCUCCCCUGCUUUUGAACCACCUCUGCGCCCCAUCCUAGCUGUCGGGAUCUUUGCCGUCGGCUAAUCUUUGCCUCAGAUCUGGACCUAAAUCCUAGCUGUUGGGAUCUUUGCCUCAGAUCUGGAAACUAGGAUGGCGACGACAAUCUUGUUCUACCAUGCUCGUACAUCUUGUCGCCGCUCCAAUGAAAAUGACAAUGUAAAGGUUGUUCCGGUUUAAAAAUGUUUAAAUCAGAUAUCAUGGCGGAGCAAGGGUUCAAUUUGCGUUCUUGCCUAUGUUGCAAUGGUCACAAAUCUUCUUGUUCUGGCUGCUCCAAUCUGGUUGCUGGUUGGUAAAAGGUUAAGAAGCCUCUUUUCACUCAGAAAAUAACAUGGCUGAAUCUCCCUGAUAGCUUAUUGCAGCUUUGAAAGAGAGGCAAAACCCUCUCCAAUAAAACUGCACAUUUCAUCUCCAUUUGUUUUGAACUAUUCUCCUUGGCGCACAUAUAGAAACCAGAAGCCUUUAUAUAUUUAAGAAUACAUCUGGCACAGAUGCAUGUGUAUUGUAAGAAAGUGGUAUUAAAAAUUCAAGAUUUUAGUUGCUACGUAUUAUCCAAUGUUCUAAGAAUGAAAAUAAAGAAGUUACAAAAAGACACAAUUUCC